AUUCAACAUGACCUCAGUUUCAACUAUCAAAAGAGCUCCUGUAUUCUUCAUUUCUCAUGGAGGCCCUACCUUGUUGGAAGAUAAAGGCAAACCAGGAGAGUUUUACACCUGGCUUGGAAAAUAUAUUAAGAAUGUCAUAAAGCCCAAGGCAAUUGUGGUUAUAAGCGCACAUUGGCAAGGGAAAGGGAAAUCAGGGAUUUCUGUGGACUCUUCUACAAAACCUGAACUUAUCUACGAUUUUUAUGGCUUCCCAAAACAUUUUUACUCGGAAACUUGGGACCAGCUAGGAGAACCUGAAUUGGCUUCCCGUAUUGUAGGAAUGCUUAAAAAGUCGGGUAUUCAAGCUACCGCCGAACGUUACGGCAAUGAUCACGGAGUCUGGGUACCUCUGAAACGUGCCAUGAGAGAAACUGGUGGGAUUCCCAUUGUUGAAGUUUCUACCUUUAGUCAUGAGAAUAUGACAAUGCACAUUAGUAUGGGAGAAGCGUUAGCACCUUUGAGAGACGAAAAUAUCCUGAUAAUUGGCAGUGGGAGUGCUGUUCACAACCUACGCCUCCUGUGGUCUUAUGGAGACAAGCCAUCUCCAAAAUAUGCGAUUGAUUUCGACCGUACAAUGGAGAAAUAUGCAUGUACUCUUAAGGGUGGGGAGCGUAAUAAGGCAGCAAGCACAUUGGACCAACACCCAAACUUCAGAGACUGUCACCCUACAGCAGAACAUUUGGUACCCUUCCAUGUUGCCCUCGGUGCAGCAGGUGAAGAUAAAGGAAUUAAGCUUUUGGAAGAUUACUUUUCUACUAUAUCCUGGGGAUGCUAUGGCUUUGGUUUACCUGAAGACCUCAGGGUUCCACAGUACUCAAAUGGUUUCAAAUAUCACGAUGAACUUUGAACUUUUCUAUAAACAUAUCCACACAAUUUUCUGCACGUAAUAAAAUAAAACACAAAACAUCAUAUUAUAUUAUAUUAUU